CCACGAUGCUGAGCCUGCUGUUUGUGACCCUCUUCCUCAUAGGGUGCUCUGUCGCUAAGCCCCCAGCAGGGGCCAUCGACAAAGAGCUGGUGGGCAUCGUGGGGGGCCACAAUGCCCCUCAGGGGAGGUGGCCGUGGCAGGUCAGCCUGAAGGUGUACAGCUACCACUGGGCGGCCUGGGUGCAUAGAUGCGGUGGCUCCCUCAUCCACCCGCAGUGGGUGCUGACUGCUGCCCACUGCAUUCACCAUAGAAACGCUGACCCAUCAACCUACCGGAUCCAGGCUGGGGACGUCUACCUGUACGGGGACCAGACGCUGCUGAGUGUGAGCCAGGUCAUUGUCCACCCAGACUUCGUUGAUGCCGGUCUGGGUUCAGACGUGGCACUCUUGCAACUGGCAGAACCAGCAGAUUGCUCUGACAAUAUCACGCCUGUCAAACUGAGCUCCCUCAAUCUUAAGGUCACCCGGAAGGACGAGUGCUGGGUGACAGGGUGGGGCGAUCUCAGUUUCUUUGGAUGGCUGCCACCACCCUUCCGACUUCAGGAGGUGAACGUGCAGGUGGUGGAGAACUCUCUCUGUGAGGAGCUGUACCAGAACGCUUCUAGGCACCGCUACAAAGACAGGAGAAUCAUUCUGGAUGACAUGCUGUGUGCGGGAAGUGAGGGCCGAGACUCCUGCCAAGGUGACUCCGGUGGCCCCCUGGUCUGCAAGGUCAGAGGUUCCUGGACCUUGGUGGGAGUGGUCAGCUGGGGCUACGGCUGUGGCUGGCGUGACAUUCCUGGCGUUUAUGCUCGGGUCCAGACCCAUGUGCCCUGGAUCCAGCAGCAGAUUCACAGUUCUUCCUGAGCCCAGUCUACUGACCUCCACUGGCCAGCCAAGGAGCCUGCUGCCCUCCAGCGCCUGGGUCUGCUGCUUCUGCUUUUGCUUACCCAAGACGCACUUUCUCCUCCGGCCUCCUCACAGCCCUGGACUUCCCUGACCGCUGGCAGGCUGAGGGCCUGUGCCUGGCUCUUGCUGUCUGUCCCUCAUGAAAGGGCACAAGGUGUGUGGGGCGGGGGUUUGAGCUCCGAGGAAUUCGUGCCGGGCUUGCUGAGCACCGAGCUGCUGGAGGACACCUGGAUAUUUCUGCUUUCUGCCUAUUCUGAAUAAAGAUGCU